CAAGGACUUUGUCGCGAGGCACAAUGUGGACGGGAGCUUGAUUUUGCGGAAAUCAUCUGGUGCCGACGAAACGCCGCACCAUUCUGAUGUUGAUGAUGCCCCACCGCCAGGCGAUGGUCGUACUACCGCAGUUCCGCUAGCAGAGAAAUGGCCCGAGGUUUGGGCAAUGAUCAAACAGAACACAGCGCGGUCGAUUCUCACUUACAUCCGGAAAGAGGAAUGCAUCGGAGGGGAACACAUCGACCAAAGAUUUCUGGUAGAGGACGGGGCUACCGCUAUUUCAGCACGACCGCUGGCGACCUCAUUGCCAAGCCCGGCCGGCAGCACCGGGAGCGAAGGCAUUGGUAGCGCGACCAAGUCGAAGCCCUCAACAAAAGCGUCUGGUGCCGACGCUUCUCAUAUGAACCUGGACGAGGACGAAGCGGCGUUUCUGGAUGAAGAAGGAGAAAACU